CCUAGGCGCGUUAGCUAGACUACGGUGGCAUUCUGGUCCUCCAUCUGACAUACUGUGAAGAGCGUGAAUCCACAGACCAAUACCGUGAACCAUACUGACGAGCGCCAAGUGCUCCAUUGUGAUAGAUGUUUGCGGCUGGACGGCAGGUCCGAGGCUGGUUGGUCACGCAUGCUUGCAAAACAACUCAGCUUGGUCGACAGGACCGAGUCUUUGCAGCUUUGGGCCAUUAGCGCCCGCCGUGGUAUUUGUACCUGCUCUAGUCGGAGCAUCACAUGAGGCGGAACACACCAGAUGCAGCAUGCAAGCUCCCUGUAUCUCGUGCUCAACCCGCGCUAUUAUCCGCGGGCGAGAUUGGGUUCCACAGGCUAGACCAUGCGCGAACGUCUGCGCCAAAUGUUCAUUCCAACUCCUUCGCCGGCCUUUGCAAAUCGUGAGACUGUUCAACAAGUUGAGUCACGGCGCUCCCUCGGAUCCUAUAAGUAUUUCCGCAAACCUCCAACCCUGCCGAGGACAGGAACGACCCUUCUGCCAGCGUCUCUUGAUACACCUAAGAAUGUCCGAAUCAUUGAUCGCAGAUUCUCUAUCAACUGUCAGAGUUGGCACUACGACACAAUCGGUUGUGCGAGACCACCUAAGAACUGUGGGUGAAAAUGGACCAUCGUUCUUCGUUGGCAACCUCGACGCCGUUGUCGAGAAAUUAGACGAGUGGAACACCCAGCUCCCGUUCGUCAAACCCUUCUACGGUUCGUCCAUCAAUGAUCCUCUUGUCCAUGCCUAUGAAUUACAUCUCACUGCUGAUAACCUCCUCAGCUGUUAAAUGCAAUGACAACAAGACUUUGCUUGCUCUCCUGGCCAGGAAAGGCUUGGGUUUUGAUUGUGCGUCCCAGAAGGAGAUGCAGCAGAUCCUACAGUGUGCGGUCAACCCCGAGGAUAUCAUCUUUGCU